UUACAAGAACUCCACUCACCCCACCCCACCCUAUGCUCCCUCACACUAGAGAAGUGAAAAAAGGAGAGAAGCACGUUGCCUGCAGGAGGGGUAGAAAGCAACAAAACAAGGAAGCCAUAUAUUAAGCUGUUUUUAGGAGAACUCUAUAACCCCAUUUCACUCUCUUUUCUUCUCUUUCUCCUUCUCUUUCUAAAACAUAUUUUUACUUAAGUUGCUGUUCCCUCCUAUUGCACUACUACUACCAACAGUACUACUACUCCUACUCUUGUUAACUUUCUUUCUUGUUAUAAAGGGGUGUUUUAUUUGUCUCUAAAGAAGAAAUGUGGUGAAUUUCUUGAUUUUGAAUUGUGGGUGUUGGUUGUUUUUUGGAAUUAAAGAAAGUGAAAUCAUGGCGAAUAAGAAUAAUGGGUGUUGUAAGACUCAGCAGCAGAGAAAAGUUUCACCUCAAGUUUCAGGUAGAGAUGAGCUGUACAAUGAGUUAUGGAAGUUGUGUGCAGGUCAAUUAGUUGAUGUUCCAAAAGAUGGUGAAAGAGUUUUCUACUUCCCCCAAGGUCACAUGGAACAACUGGAAACAUCAAUGAAUCAAGAAAUGAACUUGAGAGUUCCAUCAUCAUUCAGUCUCAAACCGAAUAUCCUUUGUCGUGUUAUUCACAUUCAUUUCCUGGCUGAGGAAGAUACUGAUGAGUUAUAUGCACAGAUCACUUUGAUGCCAGUGGCACCAGAUGAGGCACCUGAGCCGAAUCGUCCUGAACCACCCCCUCCAGUGCCUGCAAGGCCUAAAGUUCAUUCCUUCUGUAAGGUUUUGACUGCCUCCGAUACGAGCACUCAUGGUGGAUUUUCUGUUUUAAGGAAGCAUGCUAAUGAAUGCCUUCCUCCCCUGGACAUGAACCAGCAGAUUCCGACUCAGGAAUUGAUCGCGAAAGACCUUCAUAAUGUUGAGUGGCACUUCAAACAUAUAUUUAGAGGUCAACCUCGUAGGCAUUUGCUUACCACAGGAUGGAGUACCUUUGUUUCUGCAAAGAGAUUAGUGGCUGGGGAUUCUUUUGUAUUCUUGAGGGGUGAGAAUGGAGAACUACGAGUUGGGGUCAAACGUCUUGGUCGCCAGCAAAGCUCAAUGCCGUCAUCAGUGAUGUCAAGACAGAGUAUGCAUCUGGGGGUCUUAGCUACAGCAUCUCAUGCUGUUACAACCCACACGAUGUUUGUUGUUUACUACAAACCGAGAACCACUCAGUUCCUCGUUGGCGUCAACAAAUACUUAGAGGCUGUUAAACGUGGAUAUUCAGUUGGCACGCGAUUUAAAAUGCAGUUUGAAUCGGAAGAGAAUCCUGAGAGAAGAUAUAUGGGCACUAUAGUUGGGGUUGAUGAUCUUUCCUCUGAAUGGAAACAUUCUAAGUGGCGAUCCUUGAAGGUUCAAUGGGACGAGCCUGCGUCCAUUUUAAGGCCUGACAGAGUUUCUCCUUGGGAAAUCGAACCUUAUGUGUCUCCAUUCCCAGAUCCCCUUAUCCACUCAAUCGCAGGGAAGAACAAAAGGCAUCGGCUACAUACUGAUAUCAAAAUAUCAGAACCUUCAUCCUCAAUUGUAUCAGCGAUUUGGAAUCCUUCCAUUGAUUCGCCUCAGUUUAACACCUCUGGCAUCAACAACAGUACUAGCACAUUAGCGUCUCAUGCAGAGGGUGGUUGGCCGCUUGCUCAUUUAAAUGCUCUGUCGAGUAUGCUUGUGGAUGAGGCAGAAGAUAGUAAAAGUGCCUCGGCUUUGUCUGGUUUUCCAUCCGUUUUGACCCCGCAAUAUGGGCUAGGGACUAAUCAGCCGAUUGUUGGUUCUGCUGAUGAGAGGAAAUGUGAUAAUGUAACAACCUGUAGACUAUUUGGUAUCGACUUGAAAAGUUCCUCAAUCGGUACUAAUGAGGCCCCACUGCAACAGCCAGCCACUAUUUCUUGUGGCUCUGCAGAGAAAGCACCUCCAAACACGGUGCCUGCUGGUGACUCAGAUCAAAACUCCGACCUUUCAAUUGACCUUAAAGAUCAAAUAAGCCAUUUGCAGGUACUCCUCAAGGAGGUUCAAAGCAAGCCGAGUUGUUCCACCAGGACUCGCACAAAGGUUCAAAUGCAAGGGGUAGCUGUUGGUCGUGCAGUGGAUUUAACCAAACUGAAAGGAUACGAUGAGCUUACAAAGGAGCUUGAGGAGAUGUUUGAAAUCCAAGGCGAACUUCACUCACGAAACAAGUGGGAUAUCGUGUUUACAGAUGAUGAAGGUGAUAUGAUGCUAAUGGCUGAUUAUCCAUGGCAAGACUUUUGCAAUGUGGUGAGGAGGAUUUUCAUUUGUUCAACUCAAGAUAUGAAGAAGUUAACCCUGUCGCGUGCAGACAGUUAAAGCGCGGCAGCUUUCAAAAUAAUAAAGCUGAAGAUGAGGAAAGUCAGGACUCAGCCUUUCUAAGUUGUGAAUCAUUUUGUUACCUUUCAACUUCAUUCUGCAGAUACAACAGCACAGAAUGAAGGGAUGAUGUUGACAUAGCACCGCGUAGAAGCUUGUUCUUUCGUACCUUUUUAUGUUAGUCUCUGCUGGAACGAAUCAUGGUUCUGUCAUCGAGGACAUUCCAGCCUUCUCCUAGCUGUUAAGUAAGUUGUUAACUGGUUGUAGAAGGAUCAAACUAGUAUAGGGAUAGUACUAGCAAGUUGUGAAUAACUAGUUAAGGGUGUCUGUUAUGGGGAGUCUGGUGGUCUCUAUGUAGUGUGUUUUGUUUAUGUUAACCUGUAAGUAUUUGCAGCCUUCUGGAAAUGUAAUGCAUCAUGUUGUUGUUGAUGGGCAGCUGCAUUUUAAUAAAACGCGAUGGUCUACAUUGCCCGGUA